AUGGAACACUUGCGGCAUUUCAUGAUCUCCUCAACAGGUUCCGUGUUGCGCGCCUGGAUCGAGUUCUUCGACCAGGACAUGGAUCAUCGGAUCAGCAAAGCUGAGUUCAGCAAAGGCUUCGUUCCACGUAUGGCUCGGUUCAGCGGUGCACCUCCAGAGGUUCAGACGGUGGCUUUGGAAACGGAGUCUGAAUGGUCCCCUUGGCUGAAUGGUCUCCGGGAGUUGGGCUACAAGGGAGAUGUCUUCAGUCUUUUCUCUGUGCUGGACGAUGAUGAUUCCAACGAGCUCACUUUGGACGAGGUGGACGUGAAGCAGGCGACCAUCUGGCGCAAUUUCCGCCUCUUCGUGGGGAGCCGCUUCCGCAGCGAAGAGGAGCGGCGCGAAAGCGCUUUCGCCGCGGCCGCUUGCCGCGGCGGACGCGGCGAACGCGACACCGACCGACGUGAUGCUUCGUGCAAUCAUGGUGAUGGAAAGGCGAACCUGACCCCGGAGAAGAUCUUCUGCUCCAGCAUCCUGGGUGGUGCCUUCAUUGGCUAUGGCGCUUAUUUGGCCUGUACUGUGGGGGGUGCCUGCCCUGGACUGUUGGAGACCUGGCAGGAGAGCAACCCAGGUGUGCAGAAGAUGAUCUUCGGGGCGUUUGGCUUGCCGUUCGGGCUCUUCAUGACGCUCCUCAGCGGAUCGGAGCUCUUCACCGGCAACGCGGCCAUCGUCUCCAUGGCCUUGCUGCAGGGCAAGGUGCAAGCGCCUCACUUGGCCAAAUCGUUGCUCCUCUCCUGGCUGGGCAACUUGGUGGGUGCCAUGCUGCUGGCGCGCCUGGCGAUCUUGGCCGGCACCAUGCCCGGUGGUGGCGCCGCGGUGACCUUGGCCAAGGCCAAGACCUCCUUGAGUUUUGAGACGGCCUUCGUGCGUGGCUUGCUCUGCAACUGGCUGGUGUGCAUGGCGGUCUACUUGGCCUCGAUGGCGAAAGACGCCACGGGGAAGGCGGUGGCCAUUUGGUUGCCCAUCUCGGCGUUUGUGACCUUGGGAUUGGAGCAUUCUGUGGCCAACAUGUUCAUCAUCCCAGCGGGCAUCUUCGCAGGAGCUCCGGUGAGCUGGAGCACGUUUUUUCUGAAGAACCUGCUGCCGGUGACCUUGGGCAAUGCAGUGGCGGGGAUGUUCUGUGUCGCCUUCCCUUUCGCGGUGCUCUUCGGGCGCAAGAAGUGA